AAAAGUCCACUUUCCAGUUUCCACUUGCCAUAAAUAAUUUAAUGAAAAAAAUAAGAUAAAGACAAAAAAUAAUAAUAAUAAGAAAAGCUGAUGAACCUUCAUCAUCAUCUUCAUCUUUAUCUUCCUAAUCCUAAUCAUAAAUCAGCCCUACAAAUUAAAAAAAAAACGUUUGGGUAAGAUUCUUACAAAUCCUCCCUUGGCAAGUUAUUCUUUUAUUCUUGAUCAUUUACAAUAUUUGUGAAAACAAAUUAACAUCCAAAUUGAAAAUUGAAAAAAAAAGUGUUGACUCUGAAAAAUUCCAGAUCGAGCAACAUAAAGUACUGUGAUAAUCUAAACAAUUAAAAAAAGAGAAAUACUGUGGUGGAUAAUGUCGGAUUGCGAUUUGGGGAACUGUGAUUGUGACUUUGAUUGUAAUGACUGCGAUUGUGAUUGUAACUGCGAUGCCUGUGACUGCAAUUGUGACUGUCUUCCGAUUUGCUGCGGUGGUUUCUGCUGUCCUCCGUCUCAGGUGAAGUUGGCUAGGACUUUGCAUGACUCUUGACAAGUAACUUGUUGCAAACAUUAUGUCGGGCCUUGAUGCACUAAGAUAAAGGAUAGCCAAGGAGAAUCUUCGGUCAAAGAGUCCGGAGCUGAUGAAGAAAUUCAGCGUUCUAAGACUUGCUCAAGGGGCCAUACAGCGACCCGAGGAUAAGCCUCUUCCCCUUCCUCCGAAGGACUCGGCGACUGUAGAGAAGGGUCUGGAGGACGUGCCCUCAGAGCAAGAGGCUCUCCGACUUCUCGAAGAGAGAAAACAAAUUCACAUCCCCGAUGAAUCUGAGAGGGUGAUUCCUCCACAGACAAGGGGGGUGAAAAAGAGUGGGAAGAAGAAGAGGAAGCGGGAUUCUUCUUCCCGCAAGGAGAGCUCGGCCAAGAGGCCCUCUGUGGGCACGAUUCCUACGGCCGUACCUCUCCGCAUAGGGUCGGUUAAGGAGGAGGCGUCUCCCCCUUCGGACUCUCCACGGCCAGCUUCGAACAAGGGGAAGGAGAAGGUGGGGGAGUCUUCCGCGGCUCCCUCAUCACAAUUCGCUGAGGUUUAUCGUCGUCGGGAAGUUUUCCCUUUUCGACACGAGACACCCUUUCCGGAGUUGGGGCAUAAGGGCUUAAUUGUUCGUUUUAACAGGGCGACGUCCAACUUAAUCAGCAAGGUGGACGUCGACCUACUAGAAUCCAUGCCCCCCCGUGACAGGGUGCGUCAGGCACAAGCUUCGGCGGCAGAGGUAAUGACUUUUUUAUGCUUAGUAGUGUCAUUACUUGGUUUCCGGAUUUCUUUAGUUGCCGUUUCUUUGCAGGCGUUCAUACGGUUGGCUUUUGAGCUCGACGCAAACCGUCAAAGUGCCGCGGACCAGGAAACCAUGGCCGCCCUUACCUCCCGCUGUGAGGAGCUGAACGACGAAUUAUCAAAAUUGCGGGAGGACUUGCCGGGCCUAAAAGAGAAACUGGCCAAGUGUUCUGAGCUGAAAGAGCGCUUGGUCAGGACCGAACAAUGGCGGGAAAGGGCAAGGAAGCAGCUGGACCAGACCAUCGAGAACUUAGAUGCUGCUUCCACCUGGUCUGCGAGCCUCGGCCAUGAAGUCGGCUUGCUGAUGGAUACCCAUGCCAAGCUUUUUCAUCAGAACCAGCAACUUAUGCAGCAAGUAUCGACUGAUUCUGCCCACUUCAAGAUGAUCCUAUCCGCGGCUAAGGUGUAUAAAUUGUGUUUAACCAGGAAGGCCCGGAUGGCUCGAGAUUGGCUUCUUUUGGAUGAGCCGGAAGCGUUGAAGUUUCUUGGAGAUCUGACGGCGGAGAUGGUGAGAGCCGGAACCCUGAUCAGUGACGAAAAGUAUCGUUUGGCUGCCGCAGAGUUGGGCAUGGAUUUCACAUCUCUUCAGCAAACUGCUGAUCAGAAGGGAAGUGAAGCCUUGUCCAACCUUGCUCCUGUCUUGGACGGGGAGUUCGGCGGUACUGGUCGACGCUGCUUGGGAUGCGGAUGAAAGGAGAG